UAUCACCAAUACGUUUGCUAUUUGUUGUAGUCUCAUCAAAUCCCGUUCUAUCCUUCUUCGUUCAUCGUGUUGCUACAUACUGUUGCCAACGAUUUAGAAAAAUGGUGAAUGUACCUAAACAAAGACGUACAUACUGCAAGAAAUGCAAGGUACAUAAGGUCCAUAAAGUAACACAAUACAAAAAGUCCAAGGAACGUCAAGCAUCCCAGGGUCGUCGUCGUUAUGACCGAAAACAAAGUGGAUUUGGUGGUCAAACUAAGCCUAUUUUCAGAAAGAAGGCUAAAACAACUAAGAAAAUUGUAUUAAGAAUGGAAUGUUCCGAAUGCAAAUAUCGUAAACAAAUCCCGUUGAAACGUUGCAAACAUUUUGAAUUGGGAGGUGACAAGAAACGAAAGGGACAAAUGAUCCAGUUUUAAGCUGUACCUAACAUUUUUUUUGUUACCUUUAAGAUCAAUAUAUAAAUGCGUACUGCUAAUUGCCUUUUUA